AUGCCAUCUCCUUCAGUUGAGCCGGCAGAAGCACGCCGGGUGCUCAAGAAAAUCGACCGCACGAUCCUCCCCCUUCUCUUCGUCACGUAUAUGCUCAACUUCAUGGACAAGAUCAUUCUAUCGAGUGCAGCUGUGUUUGGGUUACGGGAUGACACGCACCUCGUAGGACAGCAGUACAGCUGGGUCAGCAGUGUUUUCUACUUCGGCUACUUGGUCUGGGAAUAUCCCACCACAAUCCUCAUUGCCUGUCUCCCAACAGCCAAGUACCUCGCGGCCAACACUGUAUUCUGGGGUGCUGUCGUUGCCCUAACAGCUGCCUGCACGAACUUCGGUGGGCUGAUGACCCUUCGGUUCUUCUUGGGCAUGGCCGAGGCGACCAUCAGUCCGGCGUUUAUGUACCUCACCUCGACGUGGUAUACACGCGAUGAAAUGCCCACGCGAGUGGGCAUCUGGUUCGCCGGGAAUAGCAUCGGGAGCCUGGUCGCCAGUCUUCUUGCUUUUGGCAUCGGCCAUAUCGAGGAUAAUGUCCACCCCUGGCGCUGGAUGUAUAUUGUCCUCGGUCUGCUCACCUUUCUCUGGGCAUUUCCCAUUGUCUUCCUGCUCCCAGACAGUAUCACCAAAGCGCGGUUCCUCACCCCAGAAGAGAGACAAAUCGCCUCCAACCGUGUAGUCACCGCCGGCACAGGCAGCACAGAGAACUCGCACUGGAAGUUCCCACAGGUGAUCGAGUGCCUGAUCGAUCCAAAAACCUGGCUGAUCUUCUCGAUCAAUCUGCUCUCCCAGAUCCCCAAUGGCAGCAUGCAGAACUUCUCCAACAUCGUCGUGGAAUCAUUCGGCUUCACCAACCUACAAACCACCCUCAUCAACAUCCCCUACUCCAUCAUCUCCGCCAGUGUAAUCUACGGCACGGGCCACCUAUCGGGACGGUUCCGAACAAUCAACUGCCUCCUCAUCAUCGCCGUCGUGCUCCCAGGCGUAAUCGGGUCCGGGAUCAUCUACCGCCGCAACGACCUCGCCCACGGUGUCCAGCUCUUCGCCUAUUUCCUGCUCUCAACUUGUCCCGCCGCCAUGCCUCUGACCAUGGCAUUAGUGCAGUCGAAUUAUCGAGGGGUGACCAAGAAAAUGACCGUCACGGCCCUGCUCUUCGUCGCGUAUUGCACGGGUAACAUCGCCGGCCCGCACCUCUUCCGCGAGACUGAGGCGCCGACGUAUGCGACUGCCUUUGAAGCCAUUAUGAUUUGCUAUGCGCUGAUCAUUCUUCUGGUUCUCGUGCUGCGUUUCUAUCUGCAGUGGAUGAAUCGGAAACGCACUCGCGAGGAGGGCUUCGAGGGGAAUGCGGGCUCGGCGGGUGCUAUGGUUGAUGGAAAGAUGCCCUCGACGUCGACUGGAGAGGUCGUGGCUGAGAGUAGUGCGGCUGAGGUACAGGCUCGGCCUGAAGAGUAUGAGGAUGAGACAGACUGGAAGACGUUGGGGUUUCGGUAUCGUCUUUGA